GGGAUCAUCCGCAGGCUCCCGGCGCGAGGAGCGACGCGGAGCUUUGCCCUGCAGCGUCCGAGUAUGAUUUGAAACAGUCAACAUGGACUUUUCACGCCUACACACGUACACCCCUCCCCAAUGUGUGCCAGAGAACACUGGCUAUACGUAUGCACUCAGUUCAAGCUAUUCUUCAGCUGCUUUGGAUUUUGAGACUGAACACAAAUUGGAUCCAGUAUUUGAUUCACCACGAAUGUCACGGCGUAGUUUACGGUUAGCUGCUGCGGGCUUCAGUAAAUCGGAUGAUGCCCGAAAUGAUACCCUGCAUGACGGCUCUUAUGCUGGAAACCUCUCUCUCAGAGAACAGUCUUCUAAGAUGUCGAAACAGCGUAAAAGUAUGAAUAAACAAUCUGGCUCUGUGAGACAUACACCAAGGAGAAAUCUUUCCAGCUCUUCUAUUUUUAGCCAAAGCAGUUUCAAUAGCCAUGCCAGUGACACAUCGAUGGUGUCCACUGUAUUGGAUGAAUCUCUGAUUCGAGAGCAGACUGAAGUUGAUCAUUUCUGGGGUCUUGAUGAUGACACUGACCCUAAAGGUAGUGAAACGACCCUGAUGCAGGGGAAUGGUGAGGUAGCACCAGCAGAAGUGCAGACUGCAGUGAUCAAUGGCUAUACUUGCAGUGACUGCAGCAUGCUUUCUGAGCGGAAGGAGGUUCUUACAGCCUACUCUGCUUCACACGUGCCAUCUUCCAGAAUUUACUCCAGGGAUAGAAGCCAGAAACAUGCAUCUAGAGGCACCUAUUUCUACAUGAGUAAGAUUCUGCGAUUGGUCAAACAUACUGCAGCAUCUUUCGCAUCACUCUUAGUGCAUCUAUUUCAAAUGGUUCUGCUGAGGCUGGGUUAUGAACAUAAAGCUCACUCGGAUUACUGUGGAAGCAUGAAUGUAAAGGAGUUUUUUAGAGACAAUAGCCGUCUUGGUGUAAAUGAGGAAUCAAUAUGUGAUGACUGUAAGGGGAAGAAACAUCUUGAAAUACACACCACAGACCACAUGCAAUCCUCAUGGGCUAAAAGGGUAGCAAGGACCAUUUGGCACACCUUUUCUUAUGCAGGUUGCUUUAUAGUUCACAUGUUGCGAACAGUGGGAGCAACUGGAUGGCUUGUGUCUCAGAAGGUGUUGUCUCUACUUUGGCUGCCCAUUUUUUCCUCAGGGAGGGCAGCCUCUAGUGUGUUCAGGUGGCUCAGAAAUGGAUGGUAUCAGCUUGUUACUCUGGUGUCUUUGCUCAGUACUUUUCUUGUUAGAAGAUGCCUUCCAAAUAUUUUCAAGCUGUUACUGUUUCUCAUCCCACUGCUGUUUUUACUAGGUGUGUGGUCCUGGGGGUCUGACAGCUUCAUUGCAUUACUACCUUCAUUGAACUGGACAGAUUACAGAGUGCAGAGAAUAGAUGACUCAACUCUGAAACCACAACCAGAUUCUUCUCAUUUUGUGCAGCCUCCAAAGGAUACCAUAAAUAUCUUUGAUUCUGGUCGUAUAACUGAGCUGGAAAAGCAAAUGGCCUUCGUGUCUGACAGAUGCCAUCGCCAUGAUGAAGAACAUAGCAAAAUGAUGCUUCUGCUCCAGAAGCUUCAAGAUCAAGUUGCCCAGAUGAGUGACAGAAGUGAAGUAUUGACGCUGAUAAAAAAUGUGAUAAGUCAGCAUCUCAAAGACAUGAAAGAGGAAGAAAAGGCUAACUUUCUAGCUUUACAUCAAGAACAUGAGAUGCGCAUCACAACACUUGGAGAUCUCCUUGGAAAGCUCUCUGCUAAGUCUGAGGACAUCCAGAAGGAACUUGACAUGGCCAAAGCAAAAACAGCACGAGAUGGUGAGGAACAUAAUCACCUUUUAUCCAAAGUUAAAAAGCUGGAGCUAGACUUGUCUCAGAUGAAAUCAGAGCUGUUAAAUUGGCAAAGUGUGAAGACUAGCUGCGAGAAAAUAGAUGUCAUCCAUGAAAAAGUAGAUGCCCAGGUGAAAGAAUCCAUCAGGCUAAUGUUCUUUGGUGAUCGACAAGAAGACUUUCCUGAAUCGCUUCUUCAAUGGCUUGCAUCCAAUUUUGUGAGCAAAAGUGAUUUGCAGACCCUGCUGCAAGACCUAGAGUUGCAAAUCCUCAAGAAUAUUACUCUUUAUAUGUCAUCGACAAACCAAAAAUUAACAUCUGAAGUAGUCACAAAUGCUGUGAAUAAUGUAGGGGUUUCUGGAAUCACGGAAGCGCAAGCACGCAUUAUUGUCAACAAUGCGCUGAAGCUCUAUUCUCAAGACAAGACUGGCAUGGUGGAUUUCGCCUUAGAAUCCGGAGGUGGCAGCAUUCUGAGUACUCGCUGCUCUGAAACGUAUGAGACUAAAACAGCAUUAAUUAGCCUCUUUGGGAUUCCCCUGUGGUACUUCUCCCAGUCUCCCAGAGUGGUGAUUCAGCCGGACAUGUAUCCAGGAAACUGCUGGGCUUUCAAAGGAUCACAGGGGUAUCUUGUAGUUAGGCUUUCAAUGAAGAUCUACCCAACUGCCUUUACUUUGGAACAUAUACCAAAAGCCCUUUCACCAACAGGGAAUAUCACCAGUGCUCCUAAGAACUUUUCUGUAUAUGGUCUAGAGGAUGAAUAUCAAGAAGAAGGUGUGCUGCUUGGACACUACUUUUAUGAUCAAGGAGGAGAGCCGUUGCAGAUGUUUCCAGUAAAGGAGAAAAAUGAGAACGUAUUCCAAAUAGUGGAACUGAGAAUUGUUUCUAACUGGGGACAUGCCGAGUAUACGUGUCUUUAUCGGUUCAGAGUGCAUGGGAAACCAGCCGAAUAGUCUUCUACACUACAGCUUUUUUUCCUCUCCUCAUUGUACAUUUUAUUUUCAAUUUGUAUAUACUGGAAAACCUAGAACACUGGAAUCUGUAAAGGAUGAGGAUGUGAGAUGUAUACUACAGAAUUACUGAUCCUCUGAUAAAGGCAGAAGACUGUCAGCAGAACUGUAUUAACAUUUAUUUGCUCUGGUGCUCGGCUUGUAAUUGCCACUUAGCUUCAUAUUUUCGUGUCCAUGCUGAGAAAAAUAUUGCAUGCAAGCUACUCUGGUUCAUAAAGCUCAGUUAGCAAACAGGUGUCACCUAUUUUAUUAUAAAUGAAUGUAUAGGCUUUCUAAAAGAAUAAACCACACUUUCUGCAACUAGGAAUCUGUUUUUUUCUUAAUCCAGGAUUCAACUGCAUACUUCUGUUAGCUUGACACAAUAAGCCAAAAACUGUGGUACACUUUUAAACACUGACUGUAGCUAGAGGUGCAGUGCAGAUGACCCUCGUCUGCACUGCAGAUGACCUUUUUGGUCGUCUUUUUGGUGGAUCAUAAAGGGCUUAUUAAAUAAGUGCUUAAUAUGGUAAAUUGUUUAAUAUGAUAAAUAUUACUGUCAGGGAUAGUUAAUGCAACCAAAACUAAUUUAAACACCAGCGAAUGAGAAUGCUUUACUGUAACUUGUGGCCAUGAGUCAAUCUAAAAGUCGGGGAUAAUUUUAACUGAAAUCAUUUUUAAGAUUUUGUUUUUCAACCAUAGAAAAUUCAGUCAGGUUAUUUAAUUGCUGUCUACUAAUGUUUACUAAGCAGCUCAGCAGGCUUAACAGCUCAGCUUCAGUCUAGCUAGUCAGUGUAUCAAGGCUGCUUUGGAACCAACACUGGAGAGAGGAACAGUCUUCAGUUGCUGAAAAUAAUCUUUUGGGGGAGAAAAACUCCUUAGCUGGUUCAUUUUAUAGUCAGUAAACGUACUGUGAUGAAGCAGGAUACAGCAAGAAGACUGAAGUAAACCUCACUACUCUGCAGUUGCGAAAAACUCAUGUUCAGUAUUGCUGUAUUUCAAUACUUUUUUUUUUUUUUUUUUAGUUCUUUCCAGAAAACUUAGGGAUAAGAACAGAAGAAUAAUGAUUUGCUCUCAAGGAGUGUUUUCAUAGAACUGAAUCAGUCCUUAGGUUGAGUUGCUUUUGCUUAUUGAUCCCCUUAAGAUUGCUACUUUGAAGUUCCCGUUCAGAAAAGAUUCCUAAAAUGUACUUGUAUGCAGAAAUCUUAUCUUGCUGUUAUGAUUAGUCGACUUAGUUACAACACGUGAACUGUUAACACAUUGAACUGCUGACUGGUUUUCUGAAUAGAGUAAUGUAUGUUGCACAACAGUCCUCAAAUGUUUAAACAAGGCUCCACGUGAAAAUCAUUUUCACUU